GUGCGUGCGCGUGUGUGUGCGUGUGUGUGCGCGUGGAGCUGGAGAGAGUCGCUGUGGCGAUGCCGAGCCACAGAUCUGCCUUCUUUACCACCGGCCGGAUCUCUACUGCACAGUGCGCAGUGUGUGCGCCGUCAGCACGGUGGACUAGUUUAUCUGCGGUGUCGACAAACAAACGAGCAGUCCUGUCUGAGGGAGGAUUUGGAUUUUAACUCUCGUCGUUUCCUGUUUGGCAGCCGGCGGACGGAACUUUACGCAGGGGAAACAGCAGGUGAGUCUACGAGGCUACACCUGAAGGAUAAUUCUCCUGCCUGAAUUUGAAACCGGGUUUUUUUUUAACCCCCUCUCAACUCCACUUGUUGAUGGGGCACUGACGAGCUUACCCGGCAGUCACAUCACGGAGAUAUUCUUAUGCGUAAUUUGGAUGAAGAGCCCCUGUCCGCCGGCAGGGAGGAAGAAGUUCUAACCUGAGAGGUGUUUGAGGCAGAUGGUGGUGAUGUUUGGCGGCCAGUAACAGCUCUCGCUAUAAGAUCGUAUUACACAGGCUGCUACCAGGUGAGCAGCGGCAUGGGGAACCAGAUGGACAAGCUGUCACAUUUAAGUUACGCAGAAGUUCCUACAGUGGACCCGAACGGCGUGGACACGGAGGAAGGUCCACGGAUCGGCGUCUCUUAUAUAUUUUCCAACGACGACGACGAGCUGGAGGACGGCUGUGCGGUCGAUGGCACGGAGAGAGACCCGAAUCAGGAAGAGAAACAGUACGACCAGCGCGACGAGGUGGAGUGCGCCGUGUACAACAGGGAUGAAUGCAUUUACGAGAAGAGCGUGAAGUCCGCCAGCCUGGAGGUUUACUCCCCGGAGAAUCUACUGAACAAAUGCAAAGCGGGAGACUUGGUGGAGUUUGUGGCCACAGGGCAGUACCCGCACUGGGCUGUGUACGUAGGUGACUUCCAGGUGGUGCACCUGCACAGAGCAGAGGUGAAAAACAGCUUUCUGACGGAUGCAAGUCAAGGGAAGAGGUGUCGGAUCGUGAACGACUUUUACAAAUUCAAACCACUGAGUCCGGACAUGGUGGUGCAAAACGCGAUGGAGCAAGUGGGUUUAAAAGACCGAGAGCUGAGCUGGAGAAACUCCGAGUGUUUCGCAGCUUGGUGCAUGUUCGGCAAGAGGGAAUUCAAAAUGGGUGGGGAGAUACGGAUAGGCAAACAGCCCUACAGGUUGAAAAUCUUCAUGUCUGACAAACACUCGCACGUGUUGGAGUUUCAGAGUUUGGAGGACAUGAUCAUGGAGAAGAGGAGGAACGAUCAUCUGGGCAGGACAGCCGUGUUGCAGGAGCUGGCCACUCACUUCAGCAGCGUGGAGGAGAUAAAAAGUGAGCCAGCAGCUGACUGAUGUCUGCCCUUUUUGGAUGUUCACAAUAAUUGCUUUGCAAGUAGUGUAGCCUUUACCAAACACGAACUGUUGCACCCUGCUUUAAUCUAUAGCAAGCCUUCAUGUUACUUUGAAUUGGAGCACACAUGUCAUCCUUUUCUUUUUUUCUAUAUUAAUUAUCUAUAACAACGUUAUUGCCUUAAAGCCACAAUCCUCAACGCCCUCUGAUGCUUAAUGGCCUUAGCAAUUAUGAAUUCAAUUAUCUGAGAGAAAUUGAAUUAGCUGAUAGGCUUGUUUGUAACUCCAGCAGCCCCUCCACACAGAAUGUAUAGUUUUUAUAUAUAUAUAUAUAAAAAAAAGAGCUUUACCCUUCUGUCUUACGAUUCUGUAAGUAGAGUGACUGUUUCUCUAUUCAUAGUGUGUCCUGUUACCUGAUCCUUGUGUGGUUUAACUUCAUCCCUCAGUGUGUCAGGGCUGCACGCUGAAUACAAGAAGGAUUCCUUCUGCCUUUAAGGGUAAUUCUCACACCAGCACAUCUAAAGAAAAUGUUGUGGAGCUGGCCUGUGUUACACUGAUCAAAGUCUGUCUCAACUGUACCCGAAGGUCUAGUAAACAAUCCUUGUGUCACCACUUCUUCUUCUUUUUUUUUUUUUUUUUUAGUUUUCUGUCAUGUUGUUUUUACUUUACAUGCACAGGAAUGAGAUUUAGCUCCCGGCGCACGUUUUUCUGUUCUGUGGAUUAAUGCUGUGUAUUUAAAAUUCUCAUCCUGUCAUGUUUGUGUGACUUCACAGUGUUUCUCACAAAUUAGUGUGAUUUUUUUCUGUGUUUUAAAAGGUUAAUUGUUUGACCUGCUGCAGAAGACACAUUUUCUUAAUUGUAGUCAGUAAAACUGAAAAUGAGAUUGAAAUUAUUUUCCUCUAUCCUCUAUCUACAACUUUUUGAACAUGGUAGUUCAGAGUUUGUUGUUUUUUUGUUUGUUUGUUUGCUUAGCUUUAUCUGAAACUGUUUUUCAUGACCACAUUCAGCUAACAGUGGAACAAGUAGGUGACAUGUCAGGAAAGUCCCCAUGACAUUUCAAGUAAGAGGUGGGUAGAGUCAUCUCUUAAAAUUGUCCAACUAUUUGCAAAGACACAAACUGCUUCCUCCAACCUACUUUUUAGACUAACCUCGAGGCUGGAGAUCCAUCCAUUGCUCUGUUGCACAAAGAGAGGUUUAUGGGUUCUAGUGAGCGAGCUCUGGUGUUUUAACUAAAGUAUCACCACUAUAACUUGUGCUAGAGGGCGAACACCUGCUUCCACAUAUGUCAGCUCUCUCAAACAGAACACCCGACAUGAAACAAAUGGUCGAUUGAUCUAUAAUAUAUAGUCAACAGACAGAGACAUGAUUGACAUUUUUCAAAAACUGAAAGUGAAAAACAUUUACUGUUUGCUGCUUUUGCUCUCGCUUUUAUAUCAGGCAGCCAAACAUGUUAUUUGUAUUCUGGGAAACCCUGAGGAGCAUUUCUUCAACUAUUUCACAUUUCAUUGACAGAAUUCAAUUAAUCAAAAAAAUAAAAACAAAAAUAAUCGUAAAUAUUCGAUAGCUGCUGCUCUACCUUAUUCCACAGCACUGUCACUAUUGUGUAGUGAUGGAUUGUUAUGAUUGCAAGGGACAACAGCUGGAGAGGGGACAUACAAAUUGCAUUAAAAUCAUUAAAGGGGCCUAAAAUAGACCCAGAUGCGCUCCAAGAUGUGGCCCUGUCAACAGAUGUGGGUGGGAUUACUAAUAAAGGGAACAACAGCCCGCUGAAUUAACAGAAGGAGUGUUCAGAUGACAAAAUGACAGACCCCAUGAUUGUUUAUAUCAGAACUACAAAUGAAUGUUUGCAACAUUUUUCGACCAUCUGCAACCUAUAGUAGUAAAGUAGGAUUUGAAAACAAAUUCCAGGUGGCAAGUUGACCACGAUAACGGUAAACUAAUUUUGUUGUUGCAUAUAAAUUUCACUACAUCAUUUUUUUGUGGGUUUCCAGACAGUGUUAUAAUUUCACGACAGCCCUGAAGAACACGAGGGGACUGUUUUUACAGCCUCAGAGUGAUGAAACAACGUUGCAUCAAUGGAAAGAAUUAUCAUUGUGCCCUGAUGAUGGGAGUCAUAAGCGUAUGUAGCUCUAUUUAGAGAAGCCCCCGCUGACUGAAUUUCCCACCAGUAAUUCUCCUGAAAUCUCGUCACAUUUUUACACUUUGUUUUUCACUUAUUCAUUUAUUUUAAUGGUUAAUUCUUUUUGAGAGAACGCAAAUGUUACUCUCAAGACUUACUUUGACUUCAAACUCUGAGCUUGUCAUGUCAGUUGAAGUGAAAUGGAGAACUUAAUGCAUUAAAAAAAAAGAAUCAUGCAAAUAUUUUCACUUCACUGACAUAAAAAUGAAAAGUUUAUCGUGUCCAAACUGUCUGAUGGGGUCACAGUGGGAGAGUGUCAAGUGUAGCUGUAGUGUAGUAAACUACAUACGUGAAUACAUGAGUCAUUUUUCAAACGAUGAUUAGUUUUUAAUACUGAAUUGUUCCAUGCAUAGCAUGCAUGAAGCUACAGCUUUAAACCCGUAGCUCUCUGUCCUAAAAAUCCCUAAAUGUUCUUUCAUAAUGACCACAGGGAACAAUCAGACUUGAAUAUAUGCUCCAUAUAGUGUGAUAUACUGGCUUCUUUAGCCCCAAUGUGCUACAUUUUCCCAGCAGUUGCUUUAAUGCUCCUUGCAGCACUGUAAUCAAAUUAAGACCUGGUAAAUCCUCCUUAGGGUCUUGUCAUGUUCAGCCUUUCCUAAGUCUGUUAGACGAUUUUAUAUUGAAGCAGGAGUAAUUUAACAAGACAGGAGUGCAGCUGUGCAGAUGUUACUGCUGUAGCUGCAAAGAGGUUAUAUCCUCCGGUGUGUAUAAGCAGAACAUCCUGUCUGUGAGGCGAGGUGCAGAUAUUAGAGCUACGUGUUGCAGGUCCGCUUUUUCUUCAGAUGUUUGGUUUAAUUUGAACUUCAUGAGUGAUGAACUUGAGUGCAGGGAGGACGGGGUUAGUGCCUGGUGUGUGGAGUUUAUUUGUUUCCUCAGCUCACUUCCAAGCUUCCGGAUAUAAUAAUGUUGUGUUGCCCAACCUUUUGCCUUGUGACCGCUUUAAAUUGAAGUGAUGUGUACUUGUGACCCCUUUGUCACAGGUUGCCAUGAGCUGUGAGCUUUUCUUUCUUGGGCUGUUUAUAGGCUCGGGGAGGUGAAAGUAUCCAGUAUUUGACAAAAACAAUUCUGUUUUCAUUUCUGUUUCACACCAAAUCUUCAUCUUCGUCUAUAAUUAAAUCCAAAAAAUUAUAAUGAAAGUUCCUUCUGUUUCCAACGAGCAUCAGAAUAAAAAAUCACAAAACUUAAUUUAAUAAAAAACUGGAAAUAAUUUGAUUUAUGCCAGAAACAAAUGUAGCUAUAAUUGAUUCUUUUAUAAUAAUGUAUCAAAUGAUGUGUGAAGUUUCAGCUCAUUGUUAAGCUGUCAGGCCCACAACUUUACUGUUCUGUUUCC